UCUGUGGUGAUUGUCAAAGAGUUGUCAAACAGAAAUUGAUUAAAAAUAAAUGAAGGAAAUUAGUUUUCAUUGUAUUUUGCUUCAGUGAAAUGGCUUUAAAUUUGCUAAAGAAAGCUCUUCUGUAUGAUCCAAAAGCUGUUCGAAAUGCUGCAGCUAUAUAUCAUAACGCUGUAAGAAACCAUUGGAAUUACCAAUAUAAACCGGGUCCAUAUCCUAAAACACCGGAGGAACGAGCCGCGGCGGCUAAGAAGUAUGGUAUGACAAUUGAAGAGUACCAGCCAUAUCCUGAAGAUAUGGGUUAUGGAGAUUAUCCUAAAUUACCUGACAUUGGAACAGAUUCUAGAGAUCCAACCUACCCAUACGAUUUGCCCGACUUGAAAAGAAAUUUUAAUGAACCAAUUCAUGCAAGUGCUGAAAUAUAUGGUGAAGAUCGCUAUGACCCAGCAGCAAGGCCUAGAUUCUCUCUUCCACAUCAGUGGACCUGGUUUCUAGGAACAAUGUUUGGUAGUCUAGCAUUGUAUAUAUGGUUGGAAAAUUAUAAGUUUGGUCGGCCUGUUACUCUUAAGCAGUAUCCACAUGAAGGGCCGCAUUAUUUGUUCUGUGAAAAAUAGAUUUAAAAAAAACAUGGUCUGUAAAUGUGGCAUUCAAGUAGUGUAUUUGAUUAAAUAAAAAGUGUUAUAAAUUAAAA